AUGGUGCCUUCCUUUACCUUUCUCGAACCUGGUACUCACACGUGGCACGCGCCGCGUGCAUACGACAAGUGCGCAAGGCACACGUGCGCACAUGCCGCACGUGCGCGCACAUCCUCCGUCUUUUCAUUGCAGCGGAGUCGCACUCUUGAACCCCUCAUUCCCACACAUGUUACAAAAACCGACUCUCCCUCUCUAUCCUCCCUCUCUCCUCGCUCACUCUCCACACUCUCCCCUCACUCUCUGCUCCCCUUUCUUUCCCACACAGGUUCGAAAAACGACACAGAUCGAAUUUAUAGACUCCUAUUGGCCACCUACCAUCCUCGAAACCUCUAUGCCGUGUACAUAGACGAUGCUGACUCAGCAUUCGCGCUACAGACAAAACUCGCCGCCCAUCCCGUCCUGGCGGCAGCAGUGGCAGCAGCCGGGGCAGCGGAGACGGCAGAGGCGGGCGGCAUUGGGGAACAUGUGACUGUAACGGGACGGAUACGCGUGAUUGAGGAUCCGGAGAUUGUGACUGUAGAGGGCGGGUCGCGUCUGGCUGCGCUGCUGCGCCUGGCGCACACGCUGCUGCGCAUGGGGGAGGCGGAGGGGAAGGCGGAGGGGGAAAGGGAGGCGGAGGGGGAGGAGCAAGAUGAAAGGGGAUGGGGAGAGGAAGGGGAAAGGGAGGGCCAAGAGGAGAAGGAGGGGCGAGGGACGAGAAAAGGGGAGGGGAAGGGAGCAAGGAAGAGGGGCGAGAAGGGUGUGGGGGAGGGGAAGAAGAGGGGUGUAGGAGAGGGGAAGAGGAGAGGCGGAGCGAAUGGAUGGCAGUGGCUGGUGCUGCUGGGUGCAGAGGAUUUCCCGCUGGUGACACAGGAUGAGACUCUCUGCUUGCUCUCCUCCUUGUCGCUUCUCCCGUCCUCCCUCUACCCCUUCCCCCCAUACCCCUCCCCUCCAUACCCCUCCCCUCCAUACCCCUCCCCUCCAUACCCCUCCCUCCAUACCCCUCCCCUCCAUACCCCUUCCUUCUUUUCAUUCUUGGCACCCCUUCCGUCCUCUCGCUGUUCCCCUUGCCUCCCCCCAACCAGACCUCUGGAUUCUCUCCUCCGUCUCGCCUCGCCUCUCCUUUAUGCCCCAUGUGCCUCCAUGCUCCCCUCCCUCUUCCCCGUCCGCCCUCUCUCUGUUCCCUUUGUUUCCGCCCCCCACCACCAGAGCUCCUCUGGCUUCGCUCCGCGGUCUCUCCUCGCCUCGCCUCUCCUUCAUGCCCCAUGUGCUUCCAUGCUCACCUAUUUCUCGUCACCCCUCCCAACCCCAUCCAACCCCCCCCCCCCACCCCUUCCCUCCCUCCCCCCUUUUCUCCCUCCCCACCAGAGCUCCUCUGGAUUCUCUCCUCCGUCUCCCCGCGCGUCUCCUUCAUGCCCCAUGGUUACCAGAUUCGAGGUGUUGUUGUCCUUAGAAACCAAAGUAGGCUCCUUCCCUCUGCUCGCAUCUCGGCCGUUGAUCCGCUACUUAAUCGACGAACCACACGCGAUCCCACGCCGAAUGCUCAUGUUCCUGGGAGACACGCUCUCGCCCCAUUUGCACUACAUGCCAACCGCCGCCUGCCAGGCCGCCCGGUUCAAUCACACGGUCGUGAACAGUGGCCUGCACUUCCCGCCCUUUACAGUCACACAAGGGCACGAGAUGCCUUCUGUCAACUCCUCCCUCUGGCAAAACAUGACCGGCGGAGGUGCUUCUGGGGGAGGUGCUUCUGGGGGAGGUGCUUCUGGGGGAGGGAGCUUCUUCAUAGAGAGGAUGCGAGUGUAG